CAAAAUAGUCCUUACUUUGCUAAAACCCUGGAAGCAAAAACCCUCACACAACAAUGGGUGUCCAAAUCCACCAUUUCCCACAAAACAACUACAUUGAUUCUCUUCGUUGGCUUCCACAACUCUCAGCUUUUCAACAUCACAUAAUCCUCUCAUCAUUCAAUCAAGAAUCCUCAACUUCUUCACUGCAAAUCCUAAACUACACUUCAAAUCAAGAACUCACAUUUCAAACAUCACUAACAACCCCAUCAAGAAUCACUUCACUAAAGACUUCACAAAACCCCAAUAAACCCCUUAUUGUUGCUUCCACUUUUUCAGGUUCUUUACUGCUUUAUACAGCUGAUUUGGUUAAUGGGUCGUUGGAAUUUAUCGAUUCCGUGCCCGAAAAGGCGGGGUUUCAUUCGGGUCGGGUUAGUGGGAUUGAUGUGAGUGAAAAUGGGGUGGAUUUUGUGAGUGUUGGAGAAGAUGGGAGGGUUAAUUUGGUGAGUUUUGUUGAUGGGAAGUUGAGUUAUAAGAGAGUUUUUGAUGGGAAUGGAUUGGUUUCGUAUGGCGCGGUGAAAUGGGCGUCGCCCGUGGAGUUUGUGAGUGGUGGAUUGGGAUUUGGACUUCAAUGGUGGGAUCAACGACGUCCCGGUGGGCCUGUUUCGCAGUUUAAAGCGAAUUGGACUCAUGGAAUUACUUCUGGCAUUGUACAUUCGAUUGAUAUUCAUCCAUCAAGAAAGCACACUUGUCUUGCAGGAGGUUCUUCUGGUACUGUGUUUGCAUGGGAUCUUCGCUGGCAACAGCAGCCUAUAAUGCUUUCUGGUGUUGGAACCAGUGAUUUGUCCACUCUUUCACCAGCAGAAAGUGAUGUUUGGGAGGUCCAGUAUGACAACUAUACUACUUCAUCCAACUAUCGAAACAUCUCAGAAUCACGUGUUCUUCCUGCCAUGAUUUGCUCAGAGGAUGGCAUUCUUGCUGUAAUUGAACAAGGUGAAGAACCCGUCGAGCUUCUUGCUGAACCUUGUGCCAUCAACAGCUUUGACAUUGAUCGACAAAACCCAUCAGACAUUGUUUGUAGUUUGGAGUGGGAGUCCAUAGCCAUCUUGACAAGGUCUUGAAUGCUGCUUAUGAAGCUGAGGGCUUUGAAUGACUGCUGCUUGUGAAGUUGAGAACUUUAGCUAUAUUGUGGGCUAUCUUCCUUGUAUUUUGAGUUUGCUGUAUGGUUAAGCCCUUUAGUGUUGGCCAUCUGUUAAUUAUGAGCAAGUGUGUUUCUGUAAAGGAAAAAUGUUGGCAAAUCUUAAAGAUUUACAAUGCAAUUUAGGCAUUUUGUAGAACAGGAAUUGAUAAUAUUAUCUAUUUCUCUUCGGGUUCUUACAUAA